CUACAAAUAAAACAAUGAGCACGAGUAUCAGAAGACAACGAGUAAAGGAAUCAGCAUCAUGUCUGUGCAAGGGGACUUCACAAUCUAUUCCUCAGGAGUCAAUGAUACAGGCAGUAAUCAAAGCACAUGCAUGAUAAAACCUGAAGAAAGCCAUGAAACCAUCUUGCCUUGGCUCUGUCUCACUUUGGCUGUCCUGGGCCUUCCAACCAAUGGAAUAGUCUUGGUGGAUCUUUGGAGAUCAGAGAGGACACCCACUAUCAUCUUCACUUUGAACAUAAUCAUAUCAGACCUGCUGAUGUGCUGCAGUUUUUUCUUCAGAAUAGCCUACUGCAAAGAAAACAGCAAUUGGCAAUCUGGAACUCCAGCCUGCAAUGCAGCAGAGCUGAUCAUUUUCUCUUGCUUCUACAUAAACCUCUAUUGCAACAUGUGCUUUCUUUUGUGGACCAGCAUUAAUCGCUAUACCACAGUGGUAAAACCAGGCUAUGCCUUAUUUCAGGUCUUUAAACAAACACGGUCUUGUUGGAUCCUCUGCUUUUCAACCUGGUUGAUUGUCAUUACUGUUGUGGGCGCUAGUAUGGGGGUUAAACUGAGGCUACAAAUUAAUGGGACCUGCUUUGACCAAGUUGUCAAUAGUUACGUUUUCUAUCAAGAUCAGUUCAAUACUAUCCACUGCUUAGGUGUGUCAGCAUUCUUCUUCAUUUUGUGCUUGAUGUUGGUCAGCUAUAGCCUGCUGGUCUUCCAUCUGCAGAAGGUAAGGGGAGGAAGUCUAGUCGGUGUUGGAUAUGGGCCCGGAGGAGGUCUAAAGGUUCGCAGGAAGAUCCUGGCCUCGGUCAUAAUGUUUGUACUCUGCUUCCUACCGUACCACGUGCAAAGGAUCAACUUAUUAACAUCAGAGCAUGAAAACUGUCAGGUAGAGUUCAGGAUUAAAAUGUGCACCAUCUUCAUUGCAGCUCUCAGCUGUUGCCUGCAUCCCGUCCUCCAGCUGGUGUUCCGUUCGCGCUGCUGUCGGGCCAAUCGCAACAACAGGGCCAAACCCAAACCUGACAUCUCCAAAAGCCUGGACACACCUCAGAUACAUACUAUAAAUGUGACAGAACACACUGAAGAACCAAAGAAAAAUUAAACUGAACUAAGCCACAAACCAACAUAGUUUUGGAAAAUUAGAGAGAAAAAAAUGCUUUGCAUUUCUGCUUUUCCUGUGUGAUGCAUGCGGUAAGCUGUGAAACAUGCUAACCUCAGGGAACUGUGUUUUGCAAUCAUUACUGUUCGGCAGAAGCAAAACUUAUGGCUAGUUUACAUGGUAGCGUGGUACCUCAGCAUACUAACAUUUCAGUACUUUUUUCAAUAUACAGCACAUACUACAACAGUCCUUACUAACUACGUUGAAGCGACUUUUUCUGUAUUAAUGCCAACUAAACUAUUAUUUCAGUAAGGCUUUGUGUUGAUAUUCUGCUAUCUGCUUUUGUAUUUAUUAAUUUAUGUAUUAAAUAUUGUGGCACAUAAUAUAUACUUUGCAUAGUCAAAUUGCAUUCAUUACAAUUUAAUGUUGUUCACAGACACCAUUUUUCUCAAAGUAGGU